AUGAGUCCGAAACACAUUAUUUACAAGAAACUCUCUCGGGACAAAUCCGUCGGUGUGUAUAUGGGCAAGCGGGAUUUUGUGGACCACUGCGACUUUGUUGAUCCUGUUGAUGGAGUGGUGUUGAUCGACCCAGAGCAGGUGAAAGGAAAGAAAGUGUACGUCAUGUUAUCCUGUACGUUUCGCUAUGGACGUGAUGAUAUGGACGUGUUGGGAAUGACCUUCCGCAGGGACAUCUUCCUUUGCACGCGACAGGUUUAUCCUCCACUCCAGGAUAAAGAACGCUGCAUCCACACCAAACUCCAGGAGAAGAUCCUGCGCAAGCUCGGAGAUGACGCGUAUCCCUUCUUCUUCGAGUUUCCGGAUAAUCUUCCGUGUUCUGUGGCUCUGCAGCCAGCUCCGUCAGACGUGGGGAAGCAUUGUGCCGUGGAGUUUGAAGUCAAAGCGUUCUGUGCAGAAAAUCAAGAUGAAAAAGCCCAGAAGAGGAGUUCAGUGCGUUUGGCAAUCAGAAAGAUUCAGUACGCUCCAGAUACAGGUGGGCCGGCUCCAUCAGGCGAGACCACCUGUGAAUUUGUGAUGUCUGAUAAGCCGCUGCACAUGCGUGUCAGUCUGGAGAAAGAGAUUUAUUAUCACGGAGAACCCGUCAACAUCAGCGUGGACAUUGACAACAGUUCCAACAGGAAUGUGAAGGAUGUCUCAGUUGCAGUGGAGCAGAUCACUAAUGUGGUGCUUUACUCAAAUGACAAAUACGUCAAAACUGUGGCUUAUGAAGAAACCACAGACUCUGUGCCGUCUGGGACCAGUCUGAAGAAAGUUUACACUCUCUCUCCUCUGCUGCAUGAUAGCCGUGAGAGACGCGGUUUGGCUCUGGAUGGGAAACUUAAGCAUGAGGACACUAAUCUGGCUUCCUCCAGCAUUGUAAAAGAUGAAGUUCUGAAGGAGAUUUUGGGCAUGCUGGUAUCUUACCGAGUGAUUGUGAAGUGUAAUGCAUCAGGCUUGGUAGGGUCAAGUGAAGUUGCCGUGGAGGUUCCAUUCAAACUCAUGCAUUCCAAACCUGAUCCAGAGAGUGAAGACACAACUGACCUCGUGUUUGAGGAGUUUAAACGCUCCUAUCUGAAAGGGAUCAUCGGAGAAGAUGACGACUCUUCAGCCGAGCCUUGA